AUGCCAGAAUUCUCUCGCCUCGUACGCUUUAUCGCAGAAGAUGGGCUCACAUACUACGGCGACGCAAUUCUCCUUACAGGACAGACUAAUAUUUCAGAAGCCGGAAAGGCAAGGGUUAUAGAUGGCGAUAUUUUCGGUAGUCACGUUGUGACAGACAAGGUACUCGAUAUCCGGAAGCUUGUCAUGCCACUAUCACCCACCGAGGUUGGCACCGUUCGAUGCGUUGGGCUGAACUACGGCUCGCAUGCUGCAGAAGCAAACAUGUCUGUACCAAAAUAUCCACUGCUAUUUUACAAACCUCGGACAUCUCUAGGAGGGCCAGGCGAUAGAAUCCGUAUUCCUCACAUGGCACAGGAGGGACCUAGCAUUGACUACGAGUGUGAGCUUGUCGUAGUCAUUGGUAAGGAGUGUCGUGACGCCACUGAAGCGAAUGCUUUAGAUCACGUUCUAGGCUAUAGUGUGGGAAACGAUGUUACUCAGAGAGAAUGGCAGCUGCAGUGGGGAGAAGGCCAGUGGUCUCACGGGAAGGGAUUCGAUACAUGGGGGCCGAUUGGGCCAGGCAUUGUUACAACUCAGGUUAUUACCAAUCCCCAGAAUCUGAAAAUCUGGACGCGAGUGAAUGGGGAGCUUGUCCAGGAAUCGAACACGGCAGAAAUGCUCUUCACUGUACAGAAACUAAUUUCUCUGCUAAGUCGUGGGGUAACGCUGAUGCCAGGCGAUAUUAUAUUCACCGGAACACCACCUGGUGUUGGGAUGUGCCGCAACCCUCAGAUUUGGCUUAAGGAUGGUGAUCAAGUGGAAGUCGGCCUUGAAUGCGUCGGCACUUGUCUUAAUACUGUCAGCUUUGAGUAA